AUGUGGCGUCAAGGAGAAGUCCCACAGGAUUUCAAAGACGUCGCAAUAGCCCAUCUCUAUAAGCGGAAAGGAAACUACCAAAUCUCCGACAACCACCGAAGCCUCUCCUUGCUGAGCAUCGCCGAGAAAAUCUUUGCUCGCAUCCUUCCCAGCCGCCUGAACAACCAUAUGGAACAGAGUCUCCCAACGAAAAACCAGUGCGGCUUCCGCCGUCAUAGCGGGGCCAUGUAUAUGAUCUUCGCCGCCCGCCAACUUCAGGAGAUGUGCCAGGAUAUGCGAACCCACCUGAACUCUACCUUCGUGGAUCUGACGAAGGCCUUCGACACGGCGAAUUGCGGCGGACUGUGAAUAAUCAUGCAGAAAUUCAGCUGUCCCAAGCGAUUCACUCAGAUGGUGCGUCAGCUCCACAAUUGCAUGAUGGCACGAGUCACGGACAAUGGAGCCGCCUCAGAGGCAUUCGCAGUGACCAACGGAGUGAAGUAGAGCUGCGCCCUCGCGCUCGCCCUCCUCAGUCUCAUGAUCUCUGCCAUGCUGAUGGACGCCUACCGUGGCGAACGUCCUGGGAUCCACAUCGCCUAUUGGACGGACGGCCACCUCCUUAACCACGGGCAAAUGCACUUUAUGAACUUCUGUUCGCCGAUGACAGCGUCCUCAACAGCACCUCGGAGGAGGACAUGCAAAGGAGCACGGAUCUCUUCUCCGCCGCCUGCGACAACUUCGGCCUGGUUAUCAACACGGAGAAAACGGCGGUUAUACAUCAACCGCCACCCGACGCUGCCUUCAAGUCAUACCAAAUCAGCGUGGACGGAACCCAACUGCAAGUGGUGGACACCUUAACGUAUCUGAGCAGUACCCUCACCGGCAGCACCAAAAUCGAUGACGAGGUAGCUCGCCGGACUUCGAGGGCAAGUCAUACCUUCGGCCGCCUUCAAAGCAUAGUCUGGAAUCACAACGGUUUCUACUUCAACACCAAGACUGAAGAUGUACAAGGUCGUCAACCUACCGACGUUGUUGUAUGGAGCAGAGACCUGGACGGUUUAAAAGAAGCAGGCACGCAGACUCAACCACUUAUACCUCAGUUGUUUCGCCGAAUACUGAAGCUGAGGUGGCAGGACCGAGUCCCCGACACGGACGUACUGGAGUGGACAUGA